AUGAAUGCCAUUUACGGUCAUAGGCCGGCAAAUCAAGGCAGGGAGGGAGGUCUGGACUCUGCAUCUGCACUUCUCGAAUCCAUGAUAGAACCCAUUGGUAGGUUUUUUUCCCCUACUUUGCAUUGGCUUUCGCUCUGCUAACCAUUUAUAAAUUCACUGCACAAAACCAUAAAUUAUUUGCACAAAAAAACACAUUUUAUUUGUACAGAGGACUGAACUAUUGAUCUGUGCAUUUUCAGAUACAGUUGAUGGACUCUCCAAUGAUACCUCAACAUUUUCUUAUGUUUCUGACGAUGGUCUAUUAACGUCGUUCAGCAGCACCAGUACGAUGACGUCAACACCGACCCAACCACAGAGUAUACCCAAUGCACCCCGGCACACUGGUAAGACAUGAUGUUCAGAGUAAAAGUUGUAAUUGUGCAUUUUCCUAACUUUUAAUUCACAGAAAACUGUGAAUUCACUCAAAAUGCUUCUAUGUAGUGUGUUUGCAUAAUUAAAUCCAUAACCAUAAUUGUACAUUGUCUGUAUAUACUGCUAUUUAAAUUUUAUUGUGUUUUGAGCUUAUCUUAAGUAUAUUGUGUUUAUUGAGUUUAUUUUAAUUUGUGCUUAUACUGUUCUUAUGUGUUACAUCUUUUCUUUAUUUACAUUAUGUUAGAUAAUAUAUAUAUCCACCUGUUUUGUGUACCAAUUGCUGAAAAAAACACUAUUCUGGUCUUUUGUAUAUUCCAGGUGAUAGGAGACGGUUUCAGCUGAAUUUGCGCACAGUCAUGGAGGAUAUGCGGGCAGCAGAGGAAAGGCAGCAGGAAAGGAUGGAGAACCUUUCUGAGCGGCGGUUUCAGGCACUGCGUCAGGAUGCCAAGGAAGCGAGGCGCCAGGAGGCAAAAAUCGCCCGGUAG